AUGGAUGUCGCUGGUCUUGCAAUCGGUAUUGUGAGUCUCUACACAGCAUGUCGGGACUGUUAUAAUUUCUUCACCACCGUGAAUGCAGCCCAGACAGAAUCUUCAGCUCACCUGCGCGAGCUGGAAAUUCAGCAAUCAAUUCUCAAAGCCUGGGGCUUCCAUUGGCAGAUUCAGAAUGAAGAGGACCACAACCCGGGACACUCCAAUCAUACCAGACGAAAGAGGUCAAAGCUUCAUGCGUAUCUUUUGAGCAACCGAUUCAAGGCAGAAGGCGUCUUCAAAACUCUUUCUGCUCUGGCAGAUACACUGUCCGACCAGAAGAAAUUGACCAAGCGCUAUGGCAUCCUGCUUCAACCAACCAAGACCAUUCAGGACGGAUCACAGCCAACGCAGGAUGUCGAAUUGAUCAUCCCGGAUGCUAAAAUUGAGGACGUCGAGCCAGUCCUCUGUGAAGUCAGAAACCGUCUCACGGUGCUUAAUAAGCUUAAAUGGGCUUUGAAAGAUAAGGACAACUUCAAGAAACUUAUCGCCGACCUGAGAUCUCAUAGCGAAUCCCUCUAUCGCCUCUGCCCCGAGAUUGCAUUCGAGUCCAUGAACAUAUAUCUCACUAUGGAAUGCUUGGCCAGACAGGAGUCGCCAGACGGUCUUAAGUGGACUUCAACACUCGCAACCGAGCAUGCGAAAAUCGACAAAGAGUCUUUGGUUCGGCAGGGCUACGAACUGCUCGCUUCGACAGCCACAUUGAAAGCAUCGGUCAAUAAGAAUAGAGAAAGGAAGGAAGUGAAUGAAUGGAGUCUCACGAGCAUUGACGAGAUAAAACCUGAGAUGAGAUAUCUGGGAAAAGGCCUUGCGCUGUUCGAAGAGCAAGUCGUGUACGUGGAAAUGAGAGACUACCGGGGACCGCCGCUAGACUUCACUCAAGAGCAAAAACAACGACUGAAGCAUCGUCGAAAGCGGGAGCGCUUCUUAUCAUCAUUGCCAUCGCAUAGAAAGCUUGAGUUGAGUCAGAUGGGUGAAUACAGCAGCAGCGACGACGAUGAACCGAUCGAGAGAGUCAGGCCAGCAGAUCCUAAGCUUCGCGCUCUCAUUAGAAAUUUCUUCGACACUUUUCAAGGCGCUAAUAUGAUGAAGAAUGUAUACGGAUUGGAUAUCGUCGGUAUGAUCGACCACACCGAGGGCGACGAUAAAGGUCACUGCAGCAUUCUAUAUAGGCUCCCGGGCACGAUUGGCUUCCAGAGCCGUGAGCGGCCUGCGGAGAAUCUGAAGCUUCGCGCGCCUGUGACGCUGCAGUCACUACUUGGAACCCGGCAGAAAAGAGGCAUCCGAUCUAUGCUUGGUGCACGUUUCGAGCUAGCGAGAAAGCUUGUGCGUGCCGUUUGCCUCCUUCACUCCAGUGGCUGGCUGCACAAGAACAUACGCGCAGAGUCGGUCAUGUUCUUUCCGGAGCAUGUAAAUACACUCCAAGAGGAUCGAUACGAGGUCAAGGUCGAAAUUGAUGUCUCAAAGCCCAGCCUCAUGGGCUACAUCUUCUCACGGCCGGACGAUAUCGUCAUCCAAGCCAAUCCGCCAUCUGCGCCUGCGCCUGCGCCUGCGCCAGGACCAGAAAUGGAAAGUCUUGACCUCACGAUGCCAAAGAUGGUGUCAAUCAGUACCGCAACUUGGAAAAAUCCGUACGGGGACCCAGAGGUGAAACGCCGAAAACAAUUUGCUCGAAGUGUCAGCAUAUACGGUCGCAAUAUGCUAGGGAAGGUAGCUACAAAAGAGGAGACAGAAGAGACAAACAUCAGUGGCUUUACACUUGACUACUACCAGCAUCCUGCGAAGCACGCAGAUCCUAAGCGUUUGUAUCGUCACGCAUAUGAUGUAUACUCUCUUGGGAUUCUUCUUAUUGAAGUCGGCCUAUGGAAGAACUUGGAAAACGAUGAUGACUCAGACUCGGACUCGGACUCAGACUCAGGGUACAACAAAAACCUCUACCAUGAUGAAGAGGAUCACUAUGAGCGAAGGAGAAGGAUAUGUAGAAAGUAUCUGGACCGGUUAAGAUGGGAAUGUGGAGACACUUAUGCGGAUGUUGUGCUUAGUUGUCUGAUGAUUGAUAGCAGUGAUGACGAAGUAGCCAAGGCGAGCGAGCGGGAGCUCUGUGGAAGAAUUGUGGCUGACUUGGAGAACUGCCAAGCUUAG